GACAUCAUUGCUGUAAACAUGACCUCCAUUGAUGACAUCAUCACACCGAUGACUACUGAGGUCCCAUUCUCCACUGAAGACUAUGAUUAUAAUUACAAUGACAACUUCACAAGCCUGAUGUGUGACCGGGAGUCGGUACGGGUCUUCAGAAGUCAGUAUGAGCCGCCACUCUUCUGGAUCAUCACUAUUGUGGGUGGAGUUGGAAACCUGGCAGUAGUGUGGAUUUACUUGAAUGUUCGAAAGCGACUGAAGACAAUGACAGACAUGUACCUGCUGAACCUGGCGGUGGCUGACCUGCUGUUCUUGGUCACACUGCCGCUGUGGGCAGCAGAGGCAUCGUACAGCUGGAUCUUUGGCCACACCCUCUGCAAGAUAAAUUCAGCCCUCUACAAAGUGAACCUGUUUAGUAGCAUGCUGCUCCUUACCUGCAUCAGUGUGGACCGCUACAUUGUCAUUGUACAGAGCACCAAAGCCCAAAACUCCCAGAUGGAGAGGCGCCGUUGUAGCCGUUUGGUUUGUGCAGCGGUGUGGUUAGUUGCACUGUUGCUUGCCACACCUGAGCUAGUGUUCUCUAUGCCCACCAGCGUGGAAUCAAAGUAUUACUGCAGAAUGGUGUUCCCCGCUUACCUUGGGAACCGUGCCAAAAUACUGGUGCUGUCACUGCAAGUGAGCAUGGGCUUCUUCCUGCCCUUCAUUGUCAUGGCCUACUGCUACAGUGUCAUUGGCUUCACAUUGCUCAACACCCGCAACUUCGAGAAGCACAAAGCCAUGCGUGUCAUCCUGGCCGUGGUGGUGGCGUUUGUUGUGUCACAACUGCCCUACAACAGCAUGUUAGUGAUGGAGACGGCGCAGGCCUUCAACCUGACUGAAACAGACUGCGAGAAAGUGAAGGCCAUGGACAAGAUGGAGCAGGUACUGAAGAGUGUGGCAUAUAUGCACGCCUGCCUCAAUCCCUUCCUCUACGUGUUUGUGGGUGUGCGCUUCCACCGUGAUUUGAAGCAGCUGCUGCACUGCUGCUACUGCCUGCCACUGCCCAGCAAAGGUUCCCUGGGGAAGACCAGGAGUCCUCUGAACUCCACCAGAGUCUCAGUGAUGUCUGACAGUGACAAUUCCCAGGCAUUGUCUCUGUAAGGAUGAAGCUACACAACUUUCUGUUUGUGCUGCUGUGGCUGCAAUGUCACAAGAUGAGUGACAAAAUCUGAAAGCAAGAAGAGUUGCACGCUCUGUUUCUGAAGGUGCAUGCUGCUUUGGUCCAACAGUUGAAUCUUGGGUUUAAUUCUGAGCCACAAGUUCUUCAAACAAACAAGUUUACAUCUGGA